AUGGAAACAAGCUCUCUUGGGAAGAUGACUUCUGCUUUGAGGCUGUGGAUCAUCAUAACUCUUCUAAUAUUUGGAUACAUGACUGAAUCUUCAGCUCAAGGAUGUAACAGUUUAGUCCUGGCCAAAGAGCAGGAGCAUCUGUGUUCCAUUAACUCUAACACUACCACAACGGACUCUUCCGUGACUGUACAGGUAGAUACCAAGACUACCCUCUCCUGCUUUACUUUCUCAGUGAAGAAUCUUCUAAUGGCCACGUGGGAAAUACUUUCCAGAGACAAAGCUCCCUGUAUCGUGGCAUACCGAUUGGAUAAUCAUGAAAUCAAAGAAACAAAUUGCUUUAAUGAUAGAGUAAACUGGGAAUUUAGACCUGAUUGGAAUCUUACACUUCAGAUAGACCCAGUGACCCCUGAAGAUGAUGGAUAUUACAAAUGUACCAUUGUAACAUCCGAAGGGAAUUUCCAAUGUGGCUAUCAUCUCAAUGUAUUAGUGCCUCCUAGGGUAUCCUUGUUGGUGGAUGGGAAUGGGACUGCCACGUGCAAAGCUUCUGCAGGGAAGCCAGCUGCCCAGAUCUCCUGGGUCCCAGAAGGAUAUUGCUUCAGUGUGAAUGAAACUCAUGAAAACAAGACAGUGACGGUGAAAAGUAUAUGCCACUGGAAUGGCCUCAAUGAAUCUGAGGUGACCUGCUCCAGUUCCCAUUUGACUGGGAACAAGUGUCUGUCCAUAGAACUCCUACCCCAUCGUGUCAAGCCUUCUACACUAUUGCCACUCUAUAUCAGCUUAUUUGUUCUCUUUGGCUUAAUAAUCAUCGUGGGAUUCAUCUUCAUUUGGAUUAUUAUUUGCCACAGGAUCUAUAAGCCCCAAAGUUCAAGAUUUACUCCAAAUAUUAAUAUGAAGAAAGUGGAAAUUUAUGCAAACUACAUGACAAAGGUAGAAUGUGAAAGCGAAAGUAAAAUUGAUAAUGAAGACAUCAAAUGA